UUCCCAGGGAAAUCUGCAUGGUUGUCCUUCCUCCUCCUCCCAUUCUGCUGUUUAGCAUCUGUGGGUAGCCGUGCUUCCCAUGCGAGGGGACAGAGGGAGCAGCCACAGCCCUGAGGGUAACGCACAGCACCGGGACACACCGUCCCUGCAGCCUGACACACGCCGUCCCUGGUAGUAGCCGCUCGGGGACCGAGAGACGGGCUGGCACCCCGGUCUGCGGCCUCACACACGUGGGGUGAAUGAGGUUAAUGCUGCUCUGCUGCACCUGGAGCGAGGAGCACAUGGGAGAGGAGGAGGGUAAUGAACUGCCAGUAUGCGCCAGUUGUGGACAGAGUAUUUAUGAUGGGUGCUACCUUCAGGCUUUGGCAGCUGAUUGGCACUCAGACUGCUUCCGGUGCAGCGACUGCGGGGUGUCCCUGUCACACCGGUACUACGAGAAGGAUGGGAGACUGUUCUGCAAGAGGCACUAUUGGGCCCGGUUUGGGGGAAUGUGCCACGGCUGCUCAGAGCACAUCACAAAGGGGCUGGUUAUGGUAGCAGGAGAGCAUAAGUAUCACCCAGAGUGCUUUCUGUGUGCCCGAUGUGGGGCUUUCAUUGGAGAUGGAGAAACAUAUGCUCUGGUGGAAAGGUCCAAGUUGUACUGUGGUCCCUGUUAUUACCAGCUCUCGGUAACACCGGUGAUUGACUCUCCAACAUCUCGGUCACCUCACACAGUCACUUUGGUGUCGUUACCCGCCUCGGACGGCCGGCGCGGUUUGUCGGUUUCCAUCACACCAUCCUGCGCUGAGCAUUCUCAUACAGUGCGGGUCCGUGAACUGGAUGCCGGUUGCUUAAGUCCUGAUAUCCAAGGCUCCAUCCAUGUUGGAGACCGAAUCCUGGAAAUUAAUGGCACUCCCAUCCGCAGUGUUCCCUUGGAUGAGAUUGAUGUCUUAUUACAGGAGACAAGCCGCCUCUUACAGCUUACUAUAGAGCAUGACCCACAUGAGACAACCCCACUGCCCACCAGCUGCACAGAGACUGCAGUCAGACGGCAGAAGCCUGUCACGCGCAGUUGCAGUAUAGAUCGGUCCCCUGGAUCUAGUUGUGUGGGGUCCCCUGCCUGCACGCGCAGGGACAUGUCCCGCUCUGAAUCUGUCCGUGGUGUCACUGGUUCCCAUCGAAUCUUCCGGCCGUCUGACCUUAUCCCUGGGGAGGUGCUGGGUAGAGGCUGCUUUGGUCAAGCGAUAAAGGUUACUCAUCGUGUGACUGGUGAAGUGAUGGUGAUGAAGGAAUUAAUUAGGUUUGAUGAAGAAACUCAAAGAACAUUUCUAAAAGAGGUGAAGGUGAUGAGAUGUUUGGAACAUCCAAACGUACUAAGAUUUAUUGGGGUGCUCUAUAAGGACAAAAGACUGAACUUUAUCACUGAAUACAUCCCAGGUGGAACCCUGCGUACCGCCAUAAAGAAUAUGGAUGCAGAGUAUCCUUGGAACCAGAGGGUCCGUUUUGCCAGAGACAUAGCUGCUGGAAUGACAUAUCUUCAUUCUAUGAGUAUAAUCCACCGGGACUUGAAUUCACACAACUGUCUUGUGCGAGAGGAUGGGAGUUUGGUGGUAGCUGAUUUUGGCUUGGCACGGUUGAUUACAGAAGAAACUCGCGACCUACGUAAAGACAGGAGGAAACGCUACACUGUUGUUGGGAAUCCAUACUGGAUGGCACCAGAGAUGAUAAAUGGGAGAAGUUACGAUGAGUCGGUGGAUGUCUUCUCCUUUGGAAUAGUGGUGUGCGAGAUAAUUGGAUGCGUGAGUGCCGACCCUGAUUAUCUACCCCGCACAGUGGAUUUUGGGCUAAAUGUUCGUGUAUUCCUGGACAGAUUUUGCCCACCAACAUGCCCACCCGGAUUUUUCCCCAGUGCAGUUCUGUGCUGUGACCUGGAUCCUGAGAAACGACCAAGCUUCUCACAGCUCCACUUGUGGUUGGAUUCUCUCCUGAAACACUUGAACAUGCAGCUGCCCCUGUGUUCACACCUCGAGCAGCUAGAAAAGAACUUCUGGGAGCUUUACAGGAGGGGCGAAAGCACCCUGCAUGUGCACCCUGAAAUCCCUGAGUAACCUCAGUGAGAAUGUUCUCCCAAAUAUUUUAAAAAGACACCCCAGUGUGUGUUUGGGGUUUACACUGCUUACCUUGCAUAGAGUGUUUUUCAGCCCAUACUUCCAAAUAACACAAAGGGGACCCUAUUGAGUUAGAGCUCACAUGCCCACAGAGGGCACUUGGAAGUAGUUGGGAAUUCCAAAGAAACAAUGUUCUUGUUCAGUGCCAUGUUCUGUUGGUUCAUCCUGGUCCGGAUGAAGUAGGUUUUUGAUUGUCAUCAUAGCACUGUCCAAUGUUUUCAGCGAACAAGUAACAUCAAGUGGUCUAGAAAGGCGCCAUUUCAUCACAUCCUACCCUGCAUGGCGGCUCAUACUAUUGACACUUUGUGGAAAGGAGCAUUGUGCACCUUGUGUAAAUUUAUGUAUGUAUAUUUAGAAUGUGCAUAGCUUUCUGUACAUAGCCUCUCCAAUGUCUGUAAAAAUGUAGACUCACCUGUGCCGACCUUGUUCUUGUUGCCAAGAAGAGCUUCAUCUUUUCCCUACCCAUGCAGUGCACUAUGGUUGCUCAGGGUCACAAUGCACCGGGAGAGAGAAUAUCAUUGAAGCCAAGCAGGACGUUUGUGUCUUACAUUAUAUGAAAGAUCACCAUCACACCCUGAGUCUUCCCCACACAUUUAAUGUGAUGCCAACACAGCACUUAAAAAUAGGUUUUCAGCUUUUAAAACCACCAGCAUUUUAAAUUACUAAAAUUUCUUAAGCUGACAUUUGUCACUUUGGCGAAACCUGUAUAUGUAAAAGAGAAGGAAAAAAACUUAUUACAUUGUUGCCUUAUUUCCAUUUACAUUUAUGUGUAACAGCUACGAUGAAAGCACAGGCCAUCUGGAGAAUAGCAGCUCUGGAGGAGAGUUCAAAUUGUUGAAUGUUGAGCAAUCACCAUGGAUACCAAGUAAUGUUUCCAUUGUUUGCUCCAUAUUGAACACUUUGCACCAGAUUUGCUCUUCAUAGAUAUGGUUCGGUGUUAAAUAAAGUCUCACUAAAUGGAUCUGAGGCUUCUAUGGGUGUUCCUGGCUAUUUUGGUAAGCCUAGGACUGAGUUUUUUUCUCCCACAUCUCAGACCUACUGCAAACCAAUAUCAUGACAGGCAAUUAACAGGGUGCCUUGGAUUAUAGUUGCUGCUCU